AUGAUUUGGUAAGUUAUUUAUUUCGGCAAGGUAAUCAGACCCAAAAUAAUAUAAUUUACAUUUCAAAUAAUAAGAUUGUAUACAUCAUUAAUAGAAAGAUUACCUAUUCGUUCUCAAUUUUAUAUAUUAUCAGAACAUUAAACGAAUAAAUUUAUUAAGAUGAAAAAAAUUAAUACAAAAACAAUAUAGAAUCAAUUGAUAUCCAAAUAGUUUAAUGAAUUUAAAAAUUUACUCUCUUAAUAUUAUUUAAUUGAAAUGAAGUGGAUAUUGAUGAUACCAUUGCUUUAUGAGUGUAUUUGUUUGAUUUAGAUCUAUAAUUUUGAUGCUAGCCUAUUGGUUUAAGAUGAUUGGAUUAUAAAUAAUGGAAUAGGAUCAAUAUUCUCAAUCUGCAAUUCAUAAAAUAUUUUAGGAGGAUUUAAUAACUUUGGAGUUAGUACUUCAGUUACUAGAUUCUUUGGUAAUUUAGAUUCUCAUUAUGAAUUGAAAAUAGAGAUGGAAUUUUGGAGGAUUGAUAGAUGGGGUUUUGAUCAAUUAAAGAUAGUUGUCGAUGAUGAUUUGUAAUUUUAACAAACAUAUCGAACAAUGGGAUCAGCACCUGAUUAUUGUGGUGGUGGGGGAUAUGAUGAUUAAUAUGAAUUAAUAUCAUUCAAGUUUCCUCAUAAGAGAAAAACUGCUUGGGUUUAUAUUUAUGUAAAUUAUAAUACUGAUUUUAACUAAUCGUGGGGUUUUAGAACCUUUAAGAUGAGUAUAGAAUAAUGUCCUUAAGGAUGUGGUAUGUGUUCUAGUAAUGAUUAUCCAUAGUGUUUGAGAUGGCAUUAUUAAGAAUCCUUUUUUUCCCAAAAAUUAAUUUUAGGAUAGGAAUAGUGGGACGGAGAAGGAUUUCCUUUAUCAUAAUAUCAAUCAAUACAAUGCGCUAAUUGCAAUUACAAACAAGGAAUGAGAUUUCAUCGAGAAAUAGGUUUGAUAAGACACUAAUAAUAUAAGAGUAUCCUCAAAUGGAAUAUGAAAAUUCUAUUAUGUACAAUCAGAACAGAUUUGUAGAAUUUGAAAUUUUGGGAAAAGAUGGAGGAAUAAGUGAGAUAUGUUUAGAAACCCUUUAAUCAGAAUUAAGAAUUUAGGGAUAUUGAAUUAUAUUAUGCGGAAUCUGAGAACUAUGAUAUUAUUCCAUUUCAUCCAGGCUGUGAUUAAUUUAUUAAUUCGAAAUGUAUUUCUUGUAUUGAUGGAUGGAUUUAUGACCAAAAGGGAGAGAAGUGCUAUUCAGAUUGUGGUGAUAAAGUAAUUUAAUUCUUAGAAGAAUGUGAUGAUGGAAAUGAGAUACCUUAUGAUGGAUGUUUUGAAUGA